CUCCUCACUCCCCGCCAGACAGCCCAGUUACAAUGAACCCGCAGCAUACUUGUGGGGUGUACGGCACGUGGUGGUGGGGCCUGUUGGAAGUUCUCCCGAUGGCGGGGCUCGUCUCCAUAUGGUUCUUCCUGCCCCUGGCCGUGCUCGUGCUCCUGCUUCUGCCCAUUCUGGCCCUACGAGUGGACACAGCCUGGUUACCAUUACUGUUGUGUUGUUGGGCUUACUACGACAGACACACCUCCAGCACUGGAGGCCGCAGGUGGUACCAGUAUGGCGGUUCGGUUGUCGGCCGUUGUGUGACGAACUACUUCCCGUUGAAAGUGGUCAAGGCGGACGGCGCCUCCCUCGAUCCAAGGAGAAACUACAUCGCCGAUACCCAUCCACAUGGCCCGUUCCAGACUGCAACAAUGGCAGCCACCUUGUUCGGCGACGCGUUGGGCGAAGCGUUUCCCGGCAUCUCGUUCAAGACAGCCGCGGUUCGCGCGUACUUCGUGAUCCCUGUUGUGCGUGAGUUGGCGCUGGCCUGGGGUUUGAUUUCCGUGUCCGAGCGCAGUAUUCGGCACGUACUUUGCCGCGAGCAGGGCACUGCAGUGCUGUUGUUCAGUGGCAGUGCCGAUGAAACGCUGCGGAUGCGCCCAGACGUUUUCCACGUGUACCUCAAGCGGAGAGGCUUCUGCCGUCUCGCACUGCAAGAAGGAGCGUCACUCCUCCCCAUCCUGAUCCUCGGAAAGAACAGAGCCUACAGCCAGCCGCUGUCGUGGCUCCAGGACUGGGUGCACCGCGUGACGGGGCGGUGGGUCAUGUUCCCAGUGGGGCGGGGCCUCUUCGAGACCAUUAUUGGGUACCUGCCUCACAGAGUGCCUCACACCUUUGUUGUUGGCGCACCUCUGCACGUUGAAAAGGUCCGGAGUCCCACCAAGGCACAGAUUGAAGACCUCCAUGCGAAGCACGCGGCAGCCAUUGAGCGGCUGUACAAGGAAUACAGUCCAAAGUUUUUUCCAGGAAGUCAGCCAUUAAUAAUAGAACGCUGAAAACUAUUUGUUGUACACUGCGUGCCAAGAUGAUCUGUAGUUUUUCUUCUUGAUUUGAUGUGAUAGACAGAUAGUUGGCUUUACUACCGCACGACAAAUGCCAUCGGGCUCAAAAGUGCCGCACUGAAAACCCAAACGUGGUCCAGACCGCAACAAUUGGAGUGGUCAGAUGGGUGCCAUUUUGACCACAUCAGUUGGUGUGGUCUGUCUAGACCACGUUUGGUUUUUCAGGGCGGUGAGCGGUUGUCUUUGAUGUUUUGAUCACUGACAUCCAUGAGGAAGCCACACGUGGUGAGCAUGUUCUUGCCAGGUCGGCUGGCAAGCCAAUGAGAUGCGACACAUUCACCUGAAACGGUUUAGGUUUUUAACAAUUCACUGUUAAAAAAUGGUUGUACAGAAACAAUCAGAUGAGUGAAAAUUUAGUCGUUCCAAAACAUAGAAUU